AACAACACACAUAGAAAAAAUGCAGAGCUUCCCAUUUCAGAGAUAAGGGACAGAAAGAAAGGGGGGAGAGAGACACACAGAGAAGAAAAAAGUCAAGAAGAGAGAUGCCACAGCGGAACGGAGCUGAGCCACCCUCCUGCCGGAACUUAAAGUUUCCAGAAGAAUACUUCAAGGGGCACGCAUAGGCCACAAAGGACAGAUAAAAGGUUUUCACAAGAGUCUGCGGUCGCCAUACGAGGGGACGGAGAGAAAGAGGGGCGCAGAGGAGCAAACUCUACAGACUUAUCAGCAGAAAGGGUUGCCACCGCAGCCCUGCUCUCCCAUGUGGACCACGCAAUCAGCAGGGACAAACCUGUUCUGAAGAACGUUCAGUGGACGGUGUCGUGAGAAGAAAGUGCCGAGUUCACAGUGGCUGAAGUUCUGCUACGUUUAUGCAUUAGAACUUCACAGAGCAUCACCUACACCCCAGACAGAGAUCAAGUGACCUAGGCAGAGCUAUCCUCCAGCAAUGCCUGCUGCUGGGGUCUCCAGACUUGGGAGUGUUGGCAUCAUGAUUCUUCUUACCUUGUUCCCCCUGGCCCUUCUGUGGCCCCACAUGUGCCAGAGCAGCCCCAUCACCGCACCGGAAGCAACCGAUGGCCGAGGGAAUUUUGCGGACCCUUCGCUGUUGGAGCAGGAUGCCGACCUGAACAUGCAGGGCCUCCUGGAAACGUUACGUGGGCAGCUCCUCCGCACCUUCAACUUGUCAGGCCUGGGCCCAUCGGUGCAGCCUGGGGCACCACGUGUUGAGCCACCAGAGUACAUGCUGGAGCUGUACAAUCGUUUUGCCAACGACCACACAGCCAUGCCUACAGCCAACAUUGUCCGCAGCUUCAAGAAUGAAGACUCUUCUCCUCACAGUGUUGGAGUUGGGGGUGUGAGGAAACACCCUCUGCUGUUCAACGUGUCCGUCCCUCACCAUGAGCGCAUCACUACAGCUGAACUGCGCCUUUACACAUUGGUUCAGCGGGACCGUCGCCUCUACUUUGGUGUUGACCGCAAGGUGACCAUCUUCGAGGUACAGGAACGGCAGCGUAAUCCAGACAACGGCCACAUGACGAGGCCUACGAGUGGAGUUGAAGAACAAGAGGAAGAGGAGAACCUGGAAUGGGUGGAGCUGGCAUCCAGACAAGUUUAUGGUACAGACAGUGGCUGGGAGUCUUUUGAUCUAACUGCUGCUGUCCAUCAGUGGCACAAAAGGGAGUACAGCACCACACACAGACUGGAGGUACACAUUGCAAGCCUCAACAGUGAGGGUGUAGUAAGGCACACUGAAAUGAGAGAUGAUGCAAAUGUCAGGACACUAGGAGGAGAUAUGGACAUUGACAUGAGCUCGGAAGCCAAACACAAACCCUUGCUGAUUGUGUUCUCAGAUGAUCGGAGUGGAGAUCACCAUGCAGACAAGAGGGAGUUAAAUGAAAUGAUUGGACAUGAAAGCCAAGGAGCAGGACUUCAGAGCAACCUAGCUGUGGGGUUCAAUAGCUUGUGGGACGAAGGAGAUGGUGGGUUUGAAGAGGACCAGGAUGAAGAAGCCCUGAUCCAAAUGCGUUCAAAUCUGAUUUAUGACACGGCAUCCAGGAUCCGCCGAAAUGCAAAGGGCAACCAGUGCAAGAAGACCUCCCUCUACGUAGAGUUCAAGGACAUUGGAUGGGACAGCUGGAUCCUGGCACCCACCGGGUAUGAGGCUUACGAGUGCAGUGGUGUGUGCUCCUAUCCACUGACAAAGCAUGUCACACCCACUAAGCAUGCCAUAGUACAGACACUUGUCAACAUGAAGAGUCCCCAGAAGGUGUCUGGUGCCUGCUGUGUGCCCACCAAGCUGGAUCCCAUCUCCUUGCUGUACCUGGAUGACACGGGUGUCGUCACAUACAAGUACAAGUAUGAAGGCAUGGUGGUAGCGGAAUGUGGCUGCAGAUAGUCCUGCUGCCUAAGCAGAGAAGGGAGAAAGAACUCUUUGAAAACAGGUUGGGAUGGGGUUAAUGACCUCAGAAACAAACUCAAAGACAUCAGAGCAAUGUCCUGACUCAAAGCAGACAAUGCAGAAGUAGCUAAAGGAUUUAAUUUGGUAUACAGUCAAAAUCGUAUUAUACAAGCCUUAGUUAUACUUUAAUUCAGCUUCACUGAAAGUCUAGUCAGAGAUCAACAGGUAAUUCAGGACCUGGGAAAUUUCUGAAUCAUGAAUAAAUACAGAGACAAUAUGGGACCUGCUUUAUAAUAUUGGACAUGACUGAUGAGGAGUUUUAAAGUUUAUUUAUGUAAAGAUUGUGUGUGUGUUUACUGUCUGUAAAUGUGUAUAUUUUGUAUUUCAGGAAAGAGCAUAUUUAAUUAUGAUGUACAGUGCAAUGUUGUUAAUAUCAUUUAAUUGGUGACAAAAACAGAGAGUUAAGAACAAUGCCACAAUGAAUAGCACAUAAAUAAGUAUAAGUGGGGAGCACAUGUACAUAAAUGGAAGCAUAUAUUCAUUAGAGGAAAUAUUCUCAGUGCUCAGCCAAUGUGCAGAAUUAAAGAACAAAAUCAGCAUAUGACCUUUACAGUGGAUUUAAAAAUCAGUGGUAUACAUAUGGCAGAGGUUUAAAACACUGUGUUAUCAAACAUUUUUUAUAUUUUUUUUCUCUCAGUUCUCCAUGGUUUGCCAUGGGGUCAAAGUCAUGCUUGGUGUUUGUGGUUCCCUGUGCAUCUACACGAGCAUUGGAGAGUUUUUUUGCGGGUAAAGGCCAUGGAGGUUGCUGGACUGAUGGGAAAAGACUGUGGAAGGUGUCAUUUUAUAGAUGCGAUGAAAUGAAAUGAAAUAUUAUGAAUCAAUGGGAUUCUCACAGUGAUUACAAAAACUACCGUCACAAACAAGCUCAUGGUGGAACUGAAGAGUUCAGAGGCCACCGCGUCCAUAAUACUUUAUUUUCGAAACCUAGAAUCGUUUCCCUUUUUCCUCAUACUUGGACACUUCUGGGGGAGAGAAACAGAUGAUACUGGGAACAGUCACUGGAAACAUUCACUCCAGUCCUCUUGGACUUUGAAACAUUUGAAUGCACACCUGAAAUCGCUGGGCAAUAUAGCGUGAAAAUGUGCAAGGGGCACAAACAUGCCAAAAAUCUUUUUUAGGGAGCAAAUAAGUUGGACGAAUCUGCCCCUUCUAGAUCUGAAAUAUGUUCUGCUUUCCUUGGCGGUAAGCUGAAAUGGGGAGUUAGAGAGAUGACAACCGAACGCGCCCAACGGGGGACUGGAGGUCGUUCAAAGGUGCGAGGGCCUGGCCAGGCGAAUGGCUUUGCUCUGCCAGCACAGAUGACUUCAUUUGCUUCUUCCGCUGGGAUUAUCAUUGACCCCAGAGCAGGACUCAAAUCAACACGUCAUAUUGCUCACUGCAGCCACUCAACAGUACCAGCGCAAGAAAAGCCACCCAAAUCGGAUCGAACCUCUCCAGCUCUUUUUUUUCUGAGUUAUCUUCCUGGGCCGCUAGGCCCCUGACCCUUGGAUUGUUACAUGCCAAGCAAGCCACUCCAUGGUGUGGCGAUAAGGAGGUGUUGGCGCUGAGAAACAUGUGCGCGGUUGCCUGAGACCUGAUGCCAUUCUAGGGUGGGGGUCAGCAGGGUGGGAGAGAAGGCUGUCAAGAUUCCUGGACUUUAACAGCAAUAGACCCUGCUGGCUAAACACACUGAUCCCAUGCAGUGUCCUCUCUGAAGACCUCGGUGCCCUGAUCUCUCAAAGCCGUGCUGUCCUUUUGCCUCCCCAUUCGUCCUUCCCUCCUCUGCCCUCAGCUUUUAUGGUAAAGAUCCCUGACCGCCACGUCCAACCCCUCCGCUGUGAUGAGUCCCGAGCAGAAAGCUCUGUCAGAACACCGCCGCAGCAUGCGCUGUGACUUUUUAUUUCUUAGCUGGACUCGGAGACAAAUGCUCUCUUUGUAACUCCUCUAGUGUUUCUGUCACAUUUGUAUUAUUGUUUUUUGUAUUCCUGAAAUACAACA